AGCAGCGACCAGUCGGUGGGGUGAUGAACCCGCAUCACGGAGAAGUAAUCAUGACCCAAAUCUGAAGGGGAAGAGCUGAGAAAUCCCGGCGGCAUGGAUCUUCAGUGAUUCUUUUGUAUUGCUUUUGGGAGUGGAAGGUCUCCGAGGCAGGACUACUGGAGGACAGAGGGGCAGAAGGAUGGGGCUGCUGCAAUUUUUAAAAUCCCAAUUUUUGUGCCACCUGAUCAUAUGCUAUGUGUUCCUGGUGAGCGGACUUAUUGUCAAUCUGAUACAGAUCUGCACCUUACCUCUGUGGCUGGUCAGUAAGCAGCUGGCCCGCAAGAUAAACAUCAGACUGGCCUACUGCAUUGCAAGUCAGUUGGUAGCUGUCCUAGAGUGGUGGUCUGGGACAGAAUGCACACUCUACACCGAUCCAAAAAGCUACUCUCUCUUUGGAAAAGAGAAUGCUAUUGUGGUCCUCAACCACAUGUUUGAGAUAGACUUUCUGUGUGGCUGGACCUUCUGUGAGAGAUUUGGAGUUCUUGGGAGCUCAAAGGUUUUGGCCAAAAAGGAGCUGGCCUAUGUUCCAGUGAUUGGCUGGAUGUGGUAUUUUCUCGAGAUAGUUUUCUGCAAAAGGAAGUGGGAGGAGGACCGGACAACUGUGGCUCAGAGCCUUCAGAGACUGCGGGAUUAUCCUGAAAACUACUGGUUCCUGCUUUUCUGUGAAGGAACACGCUUUACCCCAAAGAAACACCAGUUCAGCAUGCAAGUAGCUGAAAGCAAAGGUUUACCUAAACUCAAGUACCAUCUUCUUCCCAGAACCAAAGGAUUUUAUGUAACUGUCCAAAACCUCAGAGGGACUGCUGCAGCGAUUUACGACUCAACAUUAAACUUCAGGAACAAUGAAGUACCAACUCUUCUUGGGAUUCUUAAUGGAAAGAAAUAUCAUGCUGAUUUAUAUGUCAGGAGAAUUCCUUUAGAGUCCGUUCCAGAAGAUGAGGCAGAGUGUGCCGCCUGGCUACACAAACUUUACCAAGAAAAGGAUGGCUUUCAGGAGCAGUAUGCACAGACAGGGCGUUUCCCUGGCACCUUCAUGAGCCCUCCACGUCGGCCCUGGCCCCUGAUCAACUGGCUCUUCUGGUCCUGCGUGGUCCUUUACCCUCUAAGCCUCCUAAUCGCCCUACUGCUCAGCUCUGGAUCAGUGUUCAUCAUCCCCGCAGCCUUGGUUGUGUGCUCUGCAGGGUCAAUGGGAAUGCGCUGGAUGAUUGGCCAGACUGAGAUUGACAAAAGCUCAAACUAUGGGAUUAAGGCUGCUCCUCUAAACAACAAUUAAGGAUUGCAGCCGUCUUCCGGGCUGGGUUGCGAAAAUUCACAGACUAGGUGAACAGCAGCUUGACUGGUAAAACAAGUAGAGGCCUGUUUCAGGGCACAACACAAGCGGGCUUAAAGCUGUGCUGCAGAAACUAAAAUGGAAGUUGGAGAAACAGAAACACGGAGGGGGUUAACUUAUCUGAGUGGAAAUAUUUUAACAAUACCAAGGAGACGUCUUCACUGAAAUCUGAAAUCGCAAUAAGUCAAAUAUAGACUACCUCUUUGACUGAAGUGCACUUCAAAUGGCAUUUGUACUUUGAGAUAGUGAUACAAUUUUACAUGUUAAAUGUUUGUUGUGGAGGUUUUGUUCAGCGUCAGUGGGCCUUUUUCUCUUCGUUUUUUUGUUCUUGCUCCAGUAAAAUCAGCCAACAGCAACAACACUCCCAGAAGGCUUUGAGUUGACAUGUAAACCUAAACAAUAAAGAUGAGAAUCAAACUCAACAUGCAAAUGCAGUAGAUGCUUUUAUAGCUUUUUCAGCUUGAUCUGAUUUUAAGACAUAUUGAAUUUCAAAAAUAUUAAUAAAGACUUCAUUUUUAUUGAAACUACAAUUUGUGCAUUUUAUUAGAAUGUUAUGCAAUCGACCGCACACAAAAAGGACAGGAAUGCAAAAUUUAAAUGGAAAAAAAAGUUAUUUAUUUGUAUAUAAAUAAAACAUCUAAGCCAUACUUCUGAUUCUCAGUGGAAGUUGGGUGUACUUUGAUUGGGACAUUCCAAAACAUGAAUAUGAUUUCUUGGUAAAAAUAUAACUAUGUACUGGCAGGUCAAAUUUCAAUUAUUUAAUUCUUGA